GUAAGAGAUAUGUUGUUUAUACUGAGCCCAGCUCAAAUUCAACGCCAUCAGUGCACCGGUGCUCAUGUAAUGUGGGGAAUUAAGGGACAUUUCUUGGAAUAAAUGGCAUGCUUCUAUCCAGUGGAUGCAUGAAGAAAAGGAGCUCUGAAUUCUGUGAAAAUGAACUUAGGUGAAAGCUGCAAAACUCCAGCUUUACAAGUUCACAUGGGAUGGUGAAAUAUCUCAACGCUCUUCAUAAGCACAGCGGCUCUUCUGUCUACUAACCAUCACAAAGAACAACUGCAGCUCUGAAGAACUGAACGAGGCUCCUCACAAAACACAUGGAUUAUUGCUGCUGAUUCAAGAGAAGAGAAUGGAGACUGUCUCAGGGGAGGCAGGUUGGGAAGGAUCUCUCCAUGCAACCGUUGCAUUGUCUAACUUCUCCUCCUCAUUCUCUGAGCAUACUGGACUCAACAGCACUUUCAAAGGAGGAUCACACUUCUGGUUGGUGUCUCAAAACAGCUCAAUAAACCCCACUCAGAUGCCUGGUCCAGUCAGGGUGCGGGACAUGUCUCUGGCUAAAGCUGAGAUUGGAGUUCUGGGCCUGGUUCUCGCUCUCACAACACUAGGGAACAGUUUUGUUCUGUGGGUUCUGUUGAGGCGGCGCAAAUACAAUGCACCCAUGCACCUUUUUAUGGUCAAUCUGUGUGUUGCAGACCUUGUGGUGGCGUUUUUUCAGGUGCUUCCGCAGCUAGUAUGGGAUAUCACAGAGAGAUUUCAAGGUCCUGAUGUGCUGUGCCGCUCAGUGAAAUAUCUGCAGAUUGUGGGAAUGUUUGCAUCCUCUUACAUGAUUGUUGCUAUGACAGUGGACCGCCAUAAUGCCAUCUGCUGCCCCCUGCAGGCUUACAAAGGAGGGGCAGUUUCACACUGGAAUACACCCAUUAUGGUAGCCUGGGGUCUAGCCCUUCUUCUCAGUGUGCCACAGGUGUUUAUUUUCUCCAGGUCAGAGGUCUCUCCGGGGGUGUUUGAGUGCUGGGGGAAUUUUGCUGAGCCUUGGGGGCUGAAAGCGUAUGUCACCUGGAUGACUGUAGCGGUGUUUCUUAUCCCUACCUUUAUAAUCACCGUUUGUCAGGUACGAAUAUUCAAAGAGAUCCAUGACAACAUCUACCUGAAAUCAGAAUGUGUGGUUUCUGCUGACAUGAAAAAGAACCUGGUCAUUUUUCACUUUCCUAUCUUCAAAAAACGGGCUGGUACAGUCCGAGAGAGAGCUAGAUGCUCACGCAAGAUGAGAGACGCAAGAGAACUCCAUAAAAAGAACACCAUCAGUGACUCGUCCCAUUCACACACCUGCAACUCACCAGAGCCGGAUUAUUGUGACCAAUCUGGUCAGGAUGGCAGUCCCAAAGACCUGGCCUCACAGACUCACUGUUCAUCCCCAGAUGUGCUGCCUCGCAUUCAGACCCACCCUAACGCUUUCUGGAGCAACCCUGCUUCUGUCCAGACACCACAUGGGAACUCUGUUCCUCACAGGAACACUGACAACACCACCACUGAGGACUCCAGUGUUUCCUCAAACCCCUCUUUCCCGCCUUACCCCUUCCAUCCACCUCUUAGAGGCAUAUCGAAAGCUAUGUCUAAAACAGUGAGGAUGACUCUGGUGAUUGUGCUUGUCUACACCUUGUGCUGGUCACCCUUCUUUAUUGUACAGCUGUGGGCUGCCUGGGACCCCAAUCCCCCUGACCAAGGAGUGGCUUUCACUAUCCUGAUGCUGUUAGCCAAUCUUAACUCCUGUACAAACCCGUGGAUCUACACAGCCUUCUCCAGCAGCGUGUCCCGUGAACUUCUCGCUCUGCUGCGCUGUCGGCCAAAGCUGCCCCGCAGGAGCUCAAUGCAUGACCACUCCAGUGACAUAAACACCUCCACUACCAAGGACAACCAGUCCUGACCCCUACAGAAUAAACUCAAAUUGAGUGUCAGCAGAGAUGGCAAUUUAUGUGGGUGUCUCUGUCCUAC